AUGUACAUGGAUCGCAGUGAUUACAUGGACUCCAAAAACCAAACAUCAAUAGGUGAUUUUACCCUGAUUGGUCUCACAGACUUGGUGGAAAUUCAAUGUAUUGUCUAUGGGAUAUUCCUAUUAUUUUAUUGUUUAACACUUUUGGGAAACAUUUCCAUUAUGAUAACAACUAUAAGGGACUCAAAUCUUCACACUCCGAUGUAUUUCUUUUUGUGGAAUUUGUCUUUUAUUGACAUUGGUUUUUCUUCUGUUUCUGUUCCAAAAAUGCUCACGGAUUUCUUUGCAACGAGGAAGCUCAUAUCUUUUGGGGGCUGCAUGUCACAGAUAUGUUUCUUCCAUUUCUUUGGAACGGCUGAAGUCUUGCUCCUUGCUGUUAUGUCUUAUGACCGAUUUGUGGCCAUUGGUAAUCCGUUGCGGUAUAUCCUCAUCAUGAAUAGCAAAGUCUGCCUCUCCUUGGCACUAAGUUGUUGGAUAUCUGGAUUUUUCCAUUCUCUUCUGCACACUGUGAUGACUGCAAAGCUUCCAUAUUGCCAGGCAAACCUGGUCAACCACUUCUUCUGUGACGUGAAGCCAGUGUUGAAGCUUGCCUGCACUGAUACCUCAUUCAUUCUUCAGCUUCUUACUAGAGUUGCUGGGUCUGUGUCAACGAUAACAUUUGCUUUUACAUUUCUCUCCUACUUUUUCAUUAUUAAAUUUGUCAUACAAAUUCGGACAAAAAAGGGAAGGCGAAAUGCCUUUUCUACCUGUAGCGCUCACCUUACAGUUGUAUUUAUGCUUUAUGGCACUGCAAUUUUUACAUAUAUGAGACCUUUGACUCAACAGUCUUUAGACCACGAUAGAGUAGUGGCAGUUCUAUUUACUGUAGUAACGCCAGCAUUGAAUCCUCUUAUUUAUACACUACGAAACAAAGAAAUGAGAGUGGCACUUAAAAGAAUAUACAAGAAUGUUUUUUAUUUGUAG